AUGAUCUUUGCAAUAAAGGAUUUCGAGUGUAUGGAGCAUGUUAUGCUGUUGCUCAAGAAUGCCUGUUACUGCCGUACAAGAACGCUGUCAGGACAUGGGCAUGACCAGAUUGUCACGCAGCCAGAUGGAAGUACAGCCCACAGAGACAGUCCGCAAAACAUACUGAGUUCCGCCGAUUUACGUUGGAUUGUGAUUGUUUCUGGCUCUGUCCUGCUGCAUGUGUACAUCAAUAAAAUGGAACAAAUAAGCUGUUAUUGUACGCCAGAUCAGCCUGGCUGCAACCCGAUUACAAGGAAGAUUUUAUGCAAAUCUGGCCAACAGCAUUGUCUUCUGAGUCUAAAACAACUUGAUGAUCAUUCUAAUCGGACACAUUUGCAAGGCUGCUGGUACUGGCGCAGCAAUAACGAUUUUGUUUUUGAGUCAAACGUAUGUUAUGUUGUUUCCAACAAGAAGGGAUACGUUACUUGUUGUUGCAAGGGUGAUUCGUGCAAUGUACCUCACAUCCCUAUAAAGCAAAUCGUAAUUGAUCAAGGUGACCCUACCCACUCCGGUCCAUUCAACCGUUCUCUAGGAAACCACAUCUCUACCACUAAGAUAGGUGUCUUGGCAUCGUUCUCCAGUAAUCCAACCCUCUUCUACGCGGUCGCAUUGCCUCUUCUUCUUUUGGUUCUCUUGAUUUUCAUCUUCAUUUUCCUUUUGUGUCGUCGAUGUAAGACUUCUGCUCAUCCGCUUGGAAGUUCCGCCAUUGGAGGCAGCUCCAAGUCUAAAGACGACGAACACCAAUUUUGUGCUUCUGGGAAUAUUGUGUGCCGUUCAUGCCCGUUGAACGGAGCCCCUUGUGUUUUUUGUGGCAAAGGCUUUCUAACCCAGGUAGAUGGCUCCUCAUCCAUGCCACAGUUGGUUCGUCCAGUCCUUGGAGGCGGUUGGCUCGCAGAGGGUGAAAUUGAAGAGCUUUCGAGGAUAUGCACAAAGGUGAAAAGAUGUUCUCGUGGUCGUUUUGGUGAAGUAUGGCUGGGUCGAAUGACUGAAGUCGUAUCCGGUCUGCCUACCUCUCGUGAAGUAGCCAUCAAGGUAUUUCCUGAGGCGGAAAAAAAAAGCUGGGAAACCGAAUUGGAAUUAUACCGGCUUCCGCGUUUGAAACACCCCAACAUUCUACAUUACAUUGGUAUCGACAAAGUUACCAGGGUUUCGUCGGAGGAAGGAGAAAAUGAUCAAAACAGCGGUGUUGGCGAAGGUGGUACAGUAGCUGAAUACUGGCUUGUGACGGACUAUCUCGCCUUCGGCUCUGUGUUUGAUUAUAUCCACAGCAGGGAGCUUUCCUGGGGUCAGAUGCUGUGGAUAGCUAUGGGAAUGGCUCGUGGACUCAGUUACUUGCACACAGAACUUCCUCGCACCGUCUCUCAGUACCCCAAACCGAGCAUAGCACACAGGGACUUUAAAUCUCGCAACGUCCUUCUCAAACCCGACCUCACUCCGUGCAUCAGCGAUCUAGGGCUGGCUACUCGACUUGAAACUGGCCGUGGCUUUGGCGACGCCCACCUACAGCACACGCGCUGGGGCGUGUUUGCACUUGCACACGCGGAGGGGUCAGCUCUUACCCAGCACGCGCGUAUGGGCUUGCUGAUUGAUUUAUAUGUUACCGCUACCGGGUUCAAGGCCAUCGCUGUCCUGUGUUGGAGCGUGAACGAUAUCACUUUUGCGCAUAACAACCAGGACAGCGACCAGACCACUCCAAUUGGUGUUGGUACGGCGCGCUACAUGGCUCCAGAGGUGUUGGACGGGGCGAUACAGUUCACAAGAGACGCCUUUCUUCGAAUUGACGUUUACGCACUGGGUUUGGUGAUUUGGGAGUUGAUGACACGAGCUCAUGGGCCUGGUGACACUCCGCCUGACGAGAACGCUCCUCCGCGCCUACCGCCCUACAUGGCUCCCUUUGAGGCCGAGGUGGGACCAAUCCCCACCAUGGACAAACUGCAACACUAUGUUGCAAAACUCAAGAAUCGCCCUCGGGCCUGCUCGUGGUGGGAAAAUGAUCAGGCUUUCAUGCAGCUGUGGGAGACUGUACAGGACAGUUGGGACCACGACGCCGAAGCACGUAUCACGGCCGGUUGCAUCGCAGGGAGAAUUCAGAAUCUCAGUCAAAGGUAUCCUCCUUUGCGCGACGAUCCCGCUAGUCUGAUGCCUUUCCUUGCCCCAACGUCAUCGAUCAAUACCUCCGCAUCCUCGUCACUGGAGGUCAUCGAAGUAACUCCCGUUGCUUCCGAACCAAAUCCCGAUGCUGUGCCCCUCCUCGCCCCCUCAUCCACUUCUUAUCCCGACCCUAGUGCCGCCGCCACUGUUGGUCCUGCCACCCCGGCCGAGAGCGAAAACACGACUACAGUGGAGGAUACGAAAGAAGACGGAGAGAGGAUGGGGGCAAGGCUGGAAGAGCGUGAAGUCACCGUGGGCUCCCUGCGUAGCGAGGCUCUGCGGCGUAAGGAACGUCUCAUUAAUCUACGCAAGCAGGCACAAAAAGUGGACCUAUCCGGCACCGGUCUAACGCUCAAUGCGGAGGGAGAACUACCCAAGCCCAUAUUUCGUAACUACAAGCCCAUUUCUGAGGAGCUGAAACCCGGUCAGCUACCCGAGGGCGCAAUGAUUGAUCUUGACGCAUACGUCGCGGAACAGCUGGAGGCGGCAAAGGCGCAAUCCGUUGUCGAUGAAGUGAAUUUGUUCAAUUUGGCCCCUCGAAAACCCGAUUGGGACUUAAAACGUGGCGUGGAGAAGAAGCUGAAGAAGCUUGAACGAAGGACACAGCGAGUAAUUGCCGAACUAAUUCGCGAGCGGCUGAGGGCAUCAGAAAACUCUUCUGCCAUUGUUGGAGAUCCGUCGGAGCUCUAG